AUGGAGGUGAAGAAGGUGCGCGUUACAAAUCGCAAACAAUUUGAAAUGCUUGUGUCGAUGUUGGAGGAACAUCCUCCAGUAGCCAAGGGCCAAAAGUUUUGCGAGGUGAUGCACAUUUCGAAGCAAAACUACACCGAAAUAUGGGACGGUAUCCGCAAAAAGCUGAACAGUCUGGGCCCUCCCAUGAGAACUGUUGAGGGGUGGCAAAAAGUUUGGUCGGAUUACCGCCAAAAUGUUAAACAUAAGCUUGCGUAUAACAAAAAGGAAUCUCAAGCUACGGGAGGUGGUCGAAAUAAGAUGAACGUACUUUCAUCAUGCGAAGAGGCUGUGGUGAAACUGUUGGCGUUGGACAGAACGGUAAACCAUUCAGGUUCCGUAUUCGGCAUUCCACAAGAUGAACCUUCAUCGCAUCGAUCUUCACAUGUUUCGCCAUCAUUCCGUGAGCUACUCUCGAGUACACCGCAGCAAGCUAUGCUUCCCAUUCCAGAAUCACCGAUAUUGAAUGAGGAUGACCAAGAAUCGGAAAAUAUUGAGAACAUAAAUACAACGAACAGGAUUGACAGAAACGGGAACAUUCAACUAGCCAACAAAAGCCACAAAAGAAAGAAAGAGGAAGAAGAAACAAAGAUGGGUAUGCUAAGAAAGCAAACGGAAUGUAUGAAGACGAUGGCAGACGACGCCAGAGAGACGGCCCGAUACACGCGUAAAAUCUACAAGCUGAAGGAGGAGCACUAUAAGAGGAAACAAGAACACAUGCUGGCAAAGGAGAAGCAAAAAAGCGAAGAGCUGCAGUUCAAGAUGCAACUCCUGAAAUACAAGAAGCGUAAGCUGGAGUUCCUAGAACGAACUGCAUGA